AUGGGCGACGAAUCUGAUCCUUGCGAGUGCUUGUGGAAUCAUGAGUUGGCAAUGCGAAGGCUUAUUUUUAUGCUCCGUCAAGGCCAAUCAUACUGUACAGAUGGAGAGUGUCUUGAUGAAAUGCCAUCAUUACCUCAACCAGAAAAUGCUGCAAUCAAUUACACAUUUAUGUUCAUGAUGAUGGCUGUGGCAAUUGUUUUGUAUGUCUUACGCCCACAGCGCAACCAAAUUCAGGAUACUGCCAAGCCCGCUCCUAACCCUCGUGAUAAUGAUGGGGCACCGCCGGCACCACCCCGAAUUUAA